CUCACUUUAUGGCCCUCGGUAGAGUGCCGUGGCCUCACACAGCUCACAGCAACCUCCAGUUCCUGGGCUUAAGCGAUUCUCUUGCCUCAGCCUCCCGAGUAGCUGGGACCACAGGAGCCCGCCACAACGCCCGGCCAUUUUUUGGUUGCAGUUCAGCUGGGGCUGGGUUUGAACCCAUCACCCUCGGUAUAUGGGGCCGGCACCCUACCGACUGAGCCACAGGCACCGCCCCAGGAUGGUUUUUUCUGUGACCCAGGCUGCCUGAAACCCCUGCUCCUGGCCCUAGCAUUUCUUCAGGGUUCCCUGCUCCAUCUGUAACAUUUCCCCAGUAUACCAUCAGGGGCAUGGAGACUUGCCAGACCCCCAACACUGCCAGCAUUGCAUUUGGAACCUUCAAAGAGAUGAGCCAGUGGCAGCACCUCAGCUCCACACUUUCAAGGAGCCAACUUCAAAGUGCCAAAUGCCCAGGCUAUUUAUAUUCAUCAAGGAUACUGCACAAUAGCCACGAAAGGGGCCUGCUCCUCUGGAGACAGGAACAGUUUCCCCCUUUUCAUCCUCCUUCCCUAUACCUUGACUCCUAAGGGGAAGCUGAGCCACACUGGUACAGGUAGCUGAGGCAGCAGGGUACCUGGGCCCAGGACAGGAAUCAAGGUAUUUCUUCUGCCUUACUCAGAAUCCCCAUGGUCUCUAUCCUUUCAGUUCAGAGACCCCCCAACUUACCUUCAGAGGGGGGAAGUUUCCCUAAUUCUUCUGAGUCCCUAGUUCUCAGCCCUGCCAUACAUAGAACCCUGAGUUUGGUGUAGGAGUUCCCUGCUAAGCAGAGGGGGAGUCACCUUGGGACCAGAACUGCUCAACUGUUCUCCAUUCUACUCACUCUGUCACCUUGGGACAGGGAAAGGCCCGUUCCUGGAGACCCUAAGGACCGUAAGGAUGGAUAGCAAUAACUCCAGCUUCUGGUCCACACCCAUUCUGUCCAGCCCGGUGCCCUCCAGCCUCUCAUCUGGCAGCUAUCGAGAAGUGGCCUUAGUUCCCAAGGAGGCCAGGCUCCACCUGGAGUCACGAGACUCCCCUGGUACUGAGACACCCUUAAAGGUCGGGAUGCUCACUGGGCCUAUUCCACUGGGGAUGCCCCUCCAACUUGAUGAGAGGAUACAUGUCCCUAGUCCUGAGUGGUCUAAAUCUGAUGCUGAAAAAAAUGAAUCUAGUCACACCAUUUGGAUGCUGGACUCCUCCAAGAUGCCAAAUGCCUCCACAGUCCAGACAAAGAAACUGCAGUGGAUGAACUCAGAGCCUGCUAUACCAGCCAGCACCCAAGAGGUGCCUAAACCUCUGUUCCAGGAGGGCCAACACAACCACAACCAGAAAGAGGUCAUUACUGCUCACCCUGAUAACCCACAGGCCAAAGAUGCCUUCACCGGGCAGAUCCUCUUUGCUGGACAGCACCCCCUAGCUGAGCAGCACCCCCUUACAAGUCUACCUCCUCUCACUAGGCAGAUUCCCUUUGUCAGGCAGCUUUCUCUCACCAAACAGAUACCCCUCACUGGGAAGCCCUCUUUUACUAGAGAACCCCCCAUCAACAAAGAACCCACUCUUUUAAGAGGAUCCCCUACCACUACUGGGGAGCCUAGCCAGGCCUGCACCCAGGAAGGUGAGCCCUCGGGCUUGUCUACCCAUGUGCGGGUACUUGGGGUGCCCCUAGCCCCUGAGGAGACCUGUGUCUAUAUGAAUAGAGACAAAGUUGGCACCAGUAGUGCUCAAAACUCCAGCAUGAAUCAGCUGACAUCCUGGCAACAUGGCAGCUUCCCCAGGGCCCAGGAGGAACAGCUUUCCGUGGUCACAUUUACCACACCUAGCACUGGAUGCAAAGUCUUCCCCAUGGCUAUGGUGGGCCCUGAGUCCCAGAAUGCCCGGUUCAAGCUAACAGCUGAGGACAUUACACACUCAUCAGUUGUUGCACACCUUGGCUUGCUCCGUGGGGCCUGCUAUGAGCUAGUGUCUGCCACAGACGCCCUGCCAGUGGGGUCGCCAGUGCUCUGCCGCCACUCACUGCGCACCUACCAGGACAUGGCAGCUGUGGUGAUUGAUACAGGUACAGGAUUCACUAAAUGUGGACUGGCUGGAGAGGACCAUGUCCUUAGUGUUGUACCUUCACGAGUCCAGCUGCUGCAGCACCCAGCCCAGGACCAGCCUCGGUAUGCAGUGCCUGAAAACCGAGAGGGCUCCUACUCGGUGCUGAACCGAGGUGUCAUCUCUGACUGGGAUGCACUAGAGGUGCUGUGGCAGCAUCUAUUCUACUGCAGGCUGGGUGUGCAGCCUGAGGAGCUGGCUGUGCUUGUGGCCGACUCACCCAUCUCACCACGCACCAACCGAGAAAAGGUGGCUGAAAUACUCUUUGAGCGUUUUCAGGUACCAGCCAUGCAGACAGUGCAUCAGGCCCUGUUGGCGCUUUAUGCUUAUGGGCGUACCACUGGGCUGGUGCUGGGCAGUGGCCAUGGCACCUCCUAUGUGGCUCCCAUCCUCACUGGGGAUUUGGCCCCACUUGACACAUACCGGCUGGAUGUGGCUGGUGCUGAUCUCACUGACCACCUGGCUCAGCUACUGCAGGUAAGUGGCCAAUCACUGCCCAAGCCAGGGAUGGUCAACCAGAUUAAAGAGGCCUGCUGCUACGUGGCCUUCGAUAUGGAAGCUGAGAUGGCCCGCACCCAGGCCCAGGCCCGGGUGGACUUUGUGCUCCCAGAUAAGCAGGUUAUCACACUGGGCUCUGAGCGCUUCUGCUGUCCUGAGGCCCUCUUCCAGCCAAACCUGUUAGGCCUCAACCAGCCAGGCCUCCCUCAGCUGGCUCUCCUAAGCAUCAGCCGGUUGGAGGCCAAGCAACAGGAGCAGCUGCUGGCCAAUGUAGUGCUGGAUGGUGGCAGCACCCUGGUGAGUGGCUUCCCUGAGCGCUUGAGACAGGAGCUGGGCCCUGGUGCCACAGUACUAGGUUCUCCCCACCGUGCAGUUGCUGCCUGGCUUGGGGGCUCCAUCAUGGCAUCUCGGGACUCCUUCCAGAGCCUUUGGCUCAGUCGCCGCGAGUACGACGAAGAGGGACCCUGGGCUAUCUACAAGUACCAGCUAUGA